AUGGGUUGUUUAGAGAUAUCAGCAAAUGCAACCACAAGUUUGGUUUGUGCGGUGACAUCUUUUGAAAAUGUUCCUGAAACAGAAACUUUAUCAUUUGUUCCAGCGACGGGAGGAUCGGGUGAAAUUGAUACUUGGAGUAAGGCUGGUGCGCUCGAUGCUCCUGGAGGUGUGAAACAUGCAUUAAAGCUAGAUCAACUUUCAAAGAAAACUCAUGUUAAAGACCCUAAGAGAAUGCUCUAA